GUUCAACAUCAUGUCUCGACACUGCCCAUUCUCACUCUCGCCGCUCGUAACAAUCCGCUCCUCUGCCCCUAGUCAACAUGGACGUCCAGCUCUACGUCUACGAUCUCUCACAGGGCCUGGCUAGACAGCUCUCGCAAGCCUUCCUCGGUAUUCAGAUUGACGCCGUCUACCACACGUCCGUUGUCUUCGGAGGUAUCGAGUACUUCUUCGGCGCAGGCGUCCAAACGUGCUAUCCUGGCACAACCCACCAUGGCCGCCCCAUGGAAGUAGUUCCGCUCGGCAAGACCAGCUUGGAUAUGGAUGUUAUAUCCGAAUACCUGGAUUCGUUGAAGCAAAUUUACACUGCCGAGUCCUACGAUCUAUUUGCUCACAACUGCAACAAUUUCUCCAACGACUUUGCCAUGUUUCUUGUCGGCAAGGGCAUUCCGGAGCAUAUCACUUCCUUGCCACAGACGGUCCUCAAUACUCCAUUCGGGCAAAUGCUGAAGCCACAGAUCGACCAGGCCAUGCGGACGGUUACCCAGGCCCCCGUGCCUCCCCAGAAUGUACCACAGGCGCAGCGGUCGCAGGCUGCGCCGGUUGCAACUAACGGUGUGUCGAACGGUUCCGUUAUCUCUGCCCAGGCUGGCAAGGUGCACAAUGUUACCGCUCUCAAGCAACUCGAUAGCUUGAUGACUGCUGCCAAGGACUCCUGCGCCGUGAUAUUUUUCACCUCUUCCAGAUGCGCUCCCUGCAAAAUUUGCUACCCGGCAUAUGAUGAACUCGCGGCAGAGGCAGGACCCAAGGCUGUGUUGAUCAAGGUCGAUACCGACAGCUCGUAUGAGGUUGCUUCGAAGUACAACAUCCGGUCUACGCCUACCUUUAUCACGUUUCUCAAGGGCAAACAAGAAGAGACCUGGUCUGGCGCAGAUGUUCCAAAGCUCCUUGGAAAUGUGCGAGUUUUGGUGCAAAUGGCACACCCAGCGCAUCCUCAUGCCAAUCUCGACUUGCCAAAGUUGCGCGGUGCGAAUCUGCGCCCCGUCACCUACACCAAGGUUCCACCUCUUGACAAAUUAAUAACGAAGAUGGGCGAUGCUGGCAAGGACCCUUCAAUUGCCAUGGUGGCAGCCUUUAUCACCACACGGCAAGAUGAUGGCGCGAGGGAAGCUCCGCUUCCAUCCCUCCCACACUUCAGCACUUUUCUUCGUAAUGCAACCACCAGCAUGCCGCCAGACGCGCUUUUUGCCGCAUACGAUCUGCUCCGUGUGGCAAUCGCCGACUCGCGCGUCUCUGGUUACUUCGCUGAAGAACAAGAGCAUACCACCAUAACCCAACUCAUUGACCACGUUAACAAGCUUUCGGAUUGCCCUUACAACCUCCGUAUCGUAGCAUUGCACAUGGCCUGCAAUCUUUUCACUACUCCGCUUAUCCGCACUCACUUGCUCGCCUCUCACUCCUUCUGCUCGCUUUUGACCCAGCUACUCAGCACGUCUCUCCUGGACGAUCAGCAUGCCAAUGUCCGUGUAUCGGCCGCCAGCCUCGCCUUCAACAUCUCAGCAGCAAAUCACCGCUCACGCUGCGAAGAUGGCCACGACAUUCUUCCCGAAGGAGACCAGGUGGAACUUAUGGCAGCCAUACUGGAAGCACUAAGUGCCGAGGAAAACAGCAAAGAGGCAAUUUUGGGUUUGGUUAUGGCGCUGGGCUUGCUGGUCUACGAGGCUCCGGUUGAUGGAGAACUGCUCGAUCUCUGCAAAGCAAUGGAUGCUAGCAGCACGGUCUUGGCAAAGGAGAAGCUUUGCAAGGGCGAGUCGAUUGUGAAGGAGGUUGGACACGUGCUCUUGAAGAAGGGUGUGGACGCAUAAGCCUCGGCAUUCUUUUUUUCUGGGACAAUAGCGUGGCGCAACUGUCUUUACCAAAGGGUCAGAGCGGUGUUUUUAGGUUCGGUGCGACAGGCGGGCCUCUGUUUUUGAUGUAUUUGUAGAGUUCUUAGACUUCCUAGCUGGAUAGCUUGGGUGUUGUUAGACCGUAGACAGCCCUCAACUCAAUAAUAGCUGUAAGACUGUUCGCAGCUAGCAUCAUACGGACG